UUGAAGUUGUGCUCCAGUAAGUUUGACACAGUUUUUGAACAGCUGCUGAUGGAGAACAGAGAGAAAAUAGUGACAGGGGGAGGUGAGUAAGAAAGAAUGACGUCUCCACAAAGAAAGAUUAGAAAGGCGAUUGGUUGGUGUAGAAUUUUUGAGGACUGAAGUAGUAUAUAAGACAUGGGCCAGAUGAAAGACAGAGAGACGUGAAGUGAUAGAAAGAAGAAAGAAGGACAUGUUUUUGGAUUUGCUAUGUAAAGGACUUAGAGAAGAAAAGAGAAGAAAAGAUGGGCGUUCCUCAUCAAGCUAAAAAGCAGUCACCUGGAAGAGCCAGCAGUGGUCGCUUGGUGCCACACACACCUCGACAGACACUCUCAGGGCAGACGCGACAUACUCCACGUGCCGCUCAGCCUCGGUCGGCGACGCCCCGGAAGCAGGUCGCACACACCUUGCAGGGACACACACACAGUCAUGCGCACUUGCACUCACACUUGCACCGCUCGCUGUCUGCUCAAGGUGUUCCGACUCGGCCCGGGAACGGACACACACACAUGCAUAGUUACACACACCUGUCGGCUCACGCUGACCAAGGUGGCUGUAACCUCUUCUGCUACCUGUGUUACUGUGCCUACUGCCUUGGCCUGAUGGUCCUUUCAUUCUGUCUUCUUCUCUUCCUCUCUCCUCCUUCACCUCGCUCUCACUCUCACCCUGCAUCUCCUCAACCUCCCUCCACCUCCCCCCACCCUGAUGAGUUCAUUUCAAUGCCUUUGUCCUCCUUAUCAUCAUUUGCUGUUUCUUUCUGCCCUCAUCCAUCUCUGAACUUCUCCUCCUCCAACCUCUCUACCUUCUUUCCUUUCACUCCUCUUCUGUCCUCCACUGGCUCUCUUCCAAAUGAUUUUCUGUUCAAUCUCACCUCUCCUCUCCCUCCAUGCCCCUCCACUCAAUCCCACACUUCACAUGGUGCUUCCACUUCAUCCCCCAACUUCCAACAUGACUCUUCAUCCUCCUCUUCUUCAUCACGACCCUUUAUGCUGGUCCCACCUUCUCUGCUGCUCCUGCCCCGCCCAUCUCUGUGUCGUGCUCACCCUUCCUCUUCUCGCACACUCCCAUCUUUCCUGCUUUGCCCAAUCAGUUUCACAGACCCUGCCCUCUCAUCUCUGGAGCAAAUCCCCUUGGCGGGCGCCAUGCCCCGCCCCAAGACACUGCUGAGGCAGCAAAGCCUCCAGCAGCCUCUCAUCCAACCUCCAGCCUCAGGCCUUGGUGACCGUUCAGCCAUCUCACAGAGCUUGGGUCAGCUCCAUCCUCAACCUGGAGGAGGGGCAGGGCCGGGUGGAGGGGGAGGAGCAACAUCCACAGCUCAGCAUAGAGGAACAGGAACUCGAGGUACUAGAGGCAGCACAGCAGGGGGCGGAGCUGCACGCUAUAGGUCAGGAGGCACAGGGAGUCGGGUCUUGAGGGGAAACCCCGGCAGCUGGGAUUACAUGAUGAGCCAGAUCAAGAACCGUGGCCUGGAUGUCAAGUCUUUCCUGGAAGGGAAGAUGGUGGUUCUCUCUCUGACGAUUGGAUUGGCUGAGCAGGAUGAUUUUGCCAAUCUACCUGACCUACAGGAGGUACCACCCAGUCAAGAAACCCCUGCUGACAAGAGUAGGAAUAUGGGUAAUAAGCCAGCAAACAGUCCUAAGGGUCAGCCACCAGAUGCUGAUGGACACUCCUCUGUCUCUGACCUCGCUAACUCACUCACUGGAGACAUGGUGAUGUUGUCUCCUGGCUCCGAUGAGGAUCAUGAAGGCCCGAUCAGUGAGAAGCUGGGGAGGAUUCAGUUCAGUGUUGGCUACAGCUUUCAGGACUCUACUCUCACGGUCAAAAUACUAAAAGGUCAAGACCUGCCUGCUAAAGAUUUCUCCGGCACUUCUGACCCCUUUGUAAAAAUCUAUCUUCUGCCUGAUAAAAAGCACAAACUGGAGACCAAAGUGAAGAGGAAGAACCUCAAUCCUCACUGGAAUGAGACUUUCCUGUUUGAAGGGUUCCCGUAUGAGAAGGUGCGAGAGCGCACGCUCUACAUGCAGGUGCUGGAUUAUGACCGCUUCAGCAGGAACGACCCUAUAGGAGAGGUGUCUAUUCCCCUAAACAAGGUGGAGCUGGGACAACACCAGACUUUCUGGAAGGACCUGAAACCGUGCAGUGACGGCAGUGGAAGUCGAGGAGAUCUGCUCUUGUCUCUGUGUUAUAAUCCUACUGCUAACACCAUCACUGUUAACAUUAUAAAAGCACGCAACCUUAAAGCCAUGGACAUCGGAGGCACAUCAGAUCCGUAUGUAAAGGUGUGGCUCAUGCACAAAGACAAGCGUGUGGAGAAGAAAAAGACAAUUACUAUUAAGCGCUGCUUGAAUCCUGUCUUUAAUGAGUCCUUCCCCUUUGACGUUCCUGCACAUGUGCUCCGAGAAACCACCAUCAUCAUCACCGUCAUGGACAAGGACCGACUGAGCCGCAAUGAUGUCAUCGGCAAGAUCUAUCUGUCGUGGAAGAGCGGUCCAGCAGAGGUAAAGCACUGGAAAGACAUGCUGAGCAGGCCACGCACCAACGUGGCACAGUGGCAUGCCCUCAAAGCCUGAUCACCUUCAUCUGGUCCCACCCUGACCCCAUAACCUCUAACCUUUGACCCUUUGAGCCCAUAUCCCAUCCUUAUGCACAAGACUGACUCGAUGCCUGGCUGCAAAACACGGGUACUUUUAGCCAUCCAUUCUCAAACCUUAGAACUAAUAGCCUCUGCCCUUGUGUGACUUUUGCUUUCUCCCUUAGCUUAACAACACCUGAUCUUUUUUGGUUCUUGUUUUUCUUCUCUCUUGCAGCCCUACUUGAUCUCUGCUGUUAUUUUGGUACCAUGAUUGGUUAAGGUCUGCAUAUGAAGCGAUCAUAAUCAUUAAACUAGUAACCGUUAAACUAGCUUCCUUUUGAAACUUGUAAGCAAAUAAUAAUUCUUCCUAAGUUCCUAAUGAUCUACGUCAACACAGAAAAAAUUGAAGGAAGCCAUUUGAAAACUGCUAUAUGCAAACUUUAAUGUCAUGUGUUACCAACUAUUUCUGCUUGUACCUUUCAGUUCACUUUCAGUUCAGUCCUAGUUUUAUUACCAAAUUUCCCUAGAGGCCAAUCACAUCUGUCCGAUCUCUGCUUCUCCUCGAUCCCUUUUCUAUUCCGUCCUCUCUAUCCUUUCCCUUUUCUCUCCUGUUCUUUGUGGGUCAGUCUAUACUCUUGCAUUAAAUCCAGGUGAGAGCCAUCAGAGACUCUUGGGAGCUCAUUUGUUAGCCAUAUUCAGGGGCGGACUGGCCAACAGGAAGGUUGAGACUUUUUCCACUGGCUUUUUCCUCCACUGAAUGGGCCAGAUCUUUUUUCCAGAUUGUUCAUUAACCUACUUGAAGGGAAUGUUGGCUGGCAAAACAAGACUAACUAGAAAAAUGAGUCCUUGUGCGACAUUCACAUAAAACCAUGUCACUGCAUUGUCCAACAAAGAAGAAAUGCUGCUUAGUAGUAUUGUGGAGUAGAAUUUUAAAGAACAUACAAUUUUAACAUGUUUCAUUUAAAUCUCCAUGCACCACUUUUGUUUAUAGAUUUACUUGGAUGCAUUAUGCCUCGGAUCUAAUGCAGCCUAGUCCAUGCAAAAUAUUAUUUUGAACAAUUGUCACACUAUAAACCCAAUUCCCUGAUGAUUUCUGUUCCCAGUCCGCCCCAGGUCUUCUUUUGUGUUUAUUCACUAUUACACACAGAAGGAAUUUCAUGCUUAUUUAAUCCACAAGGGUGGAACAACAAACUGUCAGAUAAACAUCAGAUGAUUUCAUUAUCAUUUUUAACAGCAUCCGCUUUCCUUUAUCCAUGUUCUUUAUUCAGCAUUUUUAUUUUAUCCAUCCACCUUUCUUCACUUCGCUCGCCUUUGCAUUCUGUCCGAAUUUCUGAUUCUUUUUUACUUUACGUCUCCAUCUUACUGAAAGAAUGGUAGUAAAUUUUCCCCCUUUUCCUCUGAUUUUUUUUUCUCGUCGACAUGUCGUAGGUGAUGUGUUGUAGCUCCAGAUGAAAAACUAUUAAUCUUUAGUGAACCGAAGGGAAAACCACUAACUUUUGAGACUAACUGUUCCAGCUCCUCUGGGACAUUUGUAAAAAAGAGAUAUAGAGUCAUUCACAAGGAAUGAAAUCAAAUAAUACAAAAAAAAAAAAAAAAACAAGAUAGUCAUCUUUGCCAUAAAAAUAGACUAUUGAUAAAUUGAAGCAAAAUGUUCUUCCAAACUUGAUGUGAGGUGUGAGAAGUGGACUGCGUUUCUUUUUUUUUUCUUUCUUUACUUGCUGAGGUCUCUGCAGGAAUCCUUAAGAUAAAGAGUUUGCCCUAAUACUGCCUUUACCUGACUGAGUGCAUGUGUGUGUGUGUGCGUGUGUGUGUGUGCGCGCGUGUGUGUGUGCGCGUGUGUGUGUGUGCGCGUGUGUGUGCGCGCGUGUAUGUGUGUGUAAAAUCUCUGAUGUGAAAAAGCAGCCAAUAUACAAGGUUAUCUUCUUUUCUCUUUCUGGCCUUUCUGUAUGCCUCUGAAAAUGAGAUGGAGAUAUAGAGUUAACCUGCACUAUAUGGCAGUGUAAUAAUGAUGAGAAAUAUAAUAAUAAAUGUUUUAAUGGUAAUACUUGUAUUUUAAGGGGGAGAUAACUCAAGAUUGGUGUAGCAAUACAUGGAGGCUGGGCAAGACAGUACAGCACUGACACACGAUCAUGAUCAUUCUGUCUCUCUCUCUCUCUCUCUCUCUCUCUCUCUCUCUCUCUCUCAGCGACAUUCAGGCCUUCAGCACAUGGAUUUUGCCUGUAGGUGCUUGUAAUAUUCAUGCUAUUAUUUUUAGUGUAUUGAUCUUAUUUAGUUGAGAGAAGGGCUUUACACACUUAAUUUGGGGUUAUUGUAAACUACUAACCCUGCUUUUAGUGUGAAAUGUUCCUUAACCUGGAGUUCAACACAAUGUGAGAAGCCCUAGAGUAUUUUAUUUAGUUUGAAAUUACAGCACCACCAUUACAAAAAGUUUAUUUAUUAUACAUUUUUAUUAUUGAUGAUUAUUAGCCUGGUUUAAAAAAUCUAAAUAACAUUUACUUGGCCAUUUUUUUCACACCUAAAGGUGUUCCUGACUUUUAAGGUUUGAGAGACUUGUUCUGUACUUUGUUGUGUAUGUAAUGGAUGUAAGCUCUCUCGCUUCAUUACGUAAUUAAAUCAGUUGUAAUAUAACAGAGACAUUGUCACAAAGCAACUUUACAGGUAUCUGGAUGUAGAGUCACAACAUCCACUCUGGGAUACAUGCUAAUGUGAGAAAAAUCUUAAAAAUAAAUGAUCAAAAAGUCGACUGACCGUCUGCAUACGUGUUGUUAGAGAUUGUUGUAAUUCUUUAUUUUGUUAAAUCCAUUCCAAUUUUCUGUAUAUUACAGCAGUAUUAUGUUAUUCUGCAUGAUCAAAGCACUAGGAUUUAGCUAAAUGUACAGAUGUGAUUUAUUCAAAUAACAACACUAAGAAAUUAUUAGUAAGAAAUAAGAGUAGAGAUGAACACACUUAUGAGAUUAUCAGCAAUAAUAGAUUUGUAAAUAAUAUAGGAUAAAAUCACAAUGUUUAUUUAUAAUGAUGUACAAACACAUUUAUAACAAGCUCAUCUAUGUAUAAAGUCACCAUAAUAUUAAGAGCAUGCCUAAAUGUCGGAUUUGUGUCUGUGCUUUAUGUAAAUUUGGGGAACAGAGUAGACGCAAGGAGCAGCUUGGGAUAGUGGCUCAAAAGCACUGCUACGGGAAAUAACAGGGAAAAAAAUGUCAGUAGAGUCGAAUAAAUCCUCAGUCUUUUAAAGCUGUUAUGAUGAUGCAGUCUUGUGGGAGGAUAAUCAGCCAUAACAGAAGAGUCACCAUGGAGAGUUUUAAGCAAGGGAGCAUGUAAAAAACGGCUAAAACAAACAAGUGUGCAAAAAUAAACAGGAAUGAAGACAUUCUUUUGAUUACUUUUGGAAUUUGGUAAAUAUUGUCAAUAUAGUAGUGGUGAAGUUAUAUCACACAUACUGUAUUUAACUGCUUAACCUCUAGGGCCUGAGUCCCAACUUUCACUGCACAUCCUUCCUCUUAGUUUCACUGUUUCUUUGUAUCACUGAUUUUAUUGUAGUUACUGGAUAAUGUGCCUUAAAAUCUUUUUAAGAUGACAGAACUGAAUAUUUAUUUAUAUUAAAAACUAGGACCACAAGAGCUGAGAACCAACAACUUUAGAACCAAGAUUGAGGACCACAAUGCAUAAUAGUUGUAGGUGUGUGUGGCGUGUGUGUGUGUUUGCACUAAGGUAUGCGUGUGUGUGUGAGUAUCUAUCUAUCUCUGGAUUUGUGUGUGUGUGUGUGUGUGUGCGCAUCUAACAUUGAGCAUAUCAACAGUUGGCAGUUGGUGGUGAACCAUUUUGUGUGUGUAUCUCUCUGGAGUUGUAUGGAUGUGUUUGUGUGUGUGUGUGUCUAUCUAUCUCAUGGGUUGUAUGGAUGUAUGGAGCAUGUCAAAGGCAGUUUGUGUGUGUGUGUGUGUGUAUUUGUGGGUUUGUAUGGAUGUGCGUGUGUGUAUGAAUUUAUGGUGUUGUAUGGAUGUGUGUAUAUGUGUAGGGGGGGUGUGUGUGUGUGUUCUUGAUGUGUGUCUGGGUCCCUGUGUGGUUGUUGCUCAGUUAGGACAGCACUAGUGAGUUCUUGCUGCUUUCCGAUCAUUGGAUGUUCUUUGGUAAGAAAUCUGAGCUCUAAUCAAUGCGGCAUUGCAGCCAUUUACACAUAAUGGCAAUCCAUAUCUAUGGAGCUCUUCUUGUUGAGUGCAUGCUUUUGGGGCUUAAUGUGGCCUCCACCUUUGCUGCUUUGGUUUAUGAACAAUUAGUAAAUAAAUAAAGGCUUCACUUCUUACGAGCAAUGUUCCCCAUUCCACAUUAGUGAUACUGAAAGGAUUUAAAAGCCAUGAUCAUUUUUCUGUCUAGUGCAGGGUGAUAUAGAGAGGAUGCUUACAUGAGCUGUGUGUGUUCUGUGUUUCAUAACAUAUAUACAGGUGGUGUUGUAUUCUUUUGUGUUGUGAUGUGUUGAGUAGUUUAAACGAGUAAAUACUGCCAAGGUCUGCUUGUGUGUUUCUGUGCUACAGUUUAAUUAACCACUGCCACUUAUUGUGUUCACUAAACACUGCCUGUGUACCAGAAUGUGUGACCUCAUUAAAUACUGCCUGUAUUGAGCUGAUGUCUAAAACAAAGAUUACUGCCAAGCUUCCUACAGUACUAUAGUUUCUGUACUAAAAAAAACAAAACAAAAAAACAAAACAAUGCAAAGUUUGCUUAGGGUUCAAAGUGUGUGCGAGAGUGUGUGUGAGAGAGUGUGUGUGUGUGUGUGUGUGAGAGUGUGUGUGAGAGAGAGUGUGUGUGUGUGUGAGAGAGAGUGUGCGUUUGAGAGAGUGAGUGUGUGUGUGUGAGAGAGACUGUGUGUGUGUGAGAGAGAGAGAGUGUGUGUGUGUGUGUGAGAGAGAGAGUGUGUGUGUGCAUGUGAGAGAGAGUGUGUGUGAGAGAGAGAGUGUGUGAGAGAGAGAGUGUGUG